UCUUGUACAGCUUUUAAACGCAAUUUAAAGUGUUUAUACUCGGUUAAAAAAAAAAUCGUUUUGUUCCCCGGGCGUGUCGUAUGUUGACGUCACGUCGGAUGCGCGGCUCGGUUGUGGUCAAACAAACAGCGGCUGCUGCCGAAGGUGCUUUUGCGACGCUCGUCGCGUUCCGACAAAGUGCCCGCCCGGGUCGUGUCGGGCCUCCGCGUUGACGAGAGGACGAGCGGGGCCGCUUUGCGCCCGAGCCGCGUAAAAACCGCGUCCUAAUCGGCAGCUUUGUCCGCAAACGUAGUCGCUAGCAGGCGGUUUGGCCGGCUAGUUAGCCGGCCUAGAACGAGUCGCUCGCUCGGUCCUUUCAGGACGCGCCAUCUCAAAUGUUCCACCUGGUGACGAACCGCCAGCACCGCGCCAGCUUCGGUCACUUCGACGUCGUUUGAGAGAGACAAUGGAGCGAGCCGCUUCGUCAAGCUAGCAAACGCCAGCGUCCGCCUUCCCGCCAGCCGAGUCCAGCCUCUUUGUUCCCAACUCGGGUUAGCUUAGCGUCGCAUCUCCGUCCACCGCCGCCGAGCGAAUCGCGCACGUCGGCGACCUUGGACUCGUCGUCAUGGACGCGGUCGUCCCGGGUGUCUUGCUCCUCUUAGCCGGAUGCGUGGGAGCUUCUCAGAGGAACGAAAAUGUUUUGGUGUCGGGGAUGUCAAACGCGUGCGGAGACUCGUCGGAGCUUCUGCGAGCGUCCACGGGGGUCAUCGCCAGUCCCGGUUGGCCCUUCCGGUACCCUGCCCGCCUCAACUGCAGCUGGAACAUCCGAGGCCGACCCGGCGACCUGGUCACCGUCAGCUUCCAGGACUUUGACCUGCAGGGAUCGCGCCGCUGCUUGUCGGACUGGAUGUCCAUCAGCAACUAUAAGAACCUGGCCGGCCUGAGAGAGUGCGGCUCCUCUCUGCCGCCUCCUUACAUCUCGUCGCAGGACCACAUCUGGAUCCACUUUCGCUCGGACGAGGCUCUGACGGGAAGGGGCUUCCGGCUGUCCUACGUCACGGGCAAGCCAGAUGUUGCCAGCUGCGACAUGGACCAGUUCCACUGCUCCAACGGGAAGUGCAUCCCCGACUGGUGGCGUUGUAACUCCAUGGACGAGUGCGGCGACAAUUCGGACGAGGACCUCUGCGCGGACUCGUCCUUCUCCUUCCAGCCCUGCGGCCCGGACCAGUUCCCUUGCUUGUCCCGCGACACGCGAAUCUACUCCUGCUUACCUCAUAGCCUGCGUUGCGACGGCAGCAUCGACUGCCAGGACCUGGGAGAUGAAAUCGACUGCCGCGUGCCGACCUGCGGCGAAUGGUUCCGGAACUUCUACGGCUCCUUCAGCUCUCCCAACUAUCCCGACUUCUACCCUCCGGGAAGCAACUGCACCUGGCUGAUCGACACCGGGGACCACAGGAAGGUCAUCCUGCGCUUCGCCGAUUUCCGACUGGACGGGGCGGGUUACGGCGACUACGUGAAGGUCUACGAUGGUCUGGAGGAGAACCCUCACCGCCUUCUCAGGUUUCUGACGGCCUUCGACUCGAGGGUGCCCAUCACGGUCGUGUCGUCUUCGGGACAGCUGCGCGUCCAUUUCUACGCCGACAAGAUCAACGCCGCCAGAGGCUUCAACGUCACCUAUCAGGUGGAUGGCUUCUGCCUGCCCUGGGAGGUCCCUUGCGGGGGCAACCGGGGCUGCUACAGCCAGCAGCAGCGCUGCGACGGCUACUGGCACUGCCCCAACGGCCGCGACGAGUCCAACUGCUCCGCGUGUCGGGAGGACGAGUUCCCCUGUUCCCGAAACGGCGCCUGCUACCCUCGAUCGGACCGCUGCAACUACCAGAACCGCUGCCCCAACGGGUCCGACGAGAAGAAUUGCCUAUUCUGCCAGCCCGGAAACUUCCACUGCAAGAACAACCGCUGCGUGUUUGAGUCGUGGGUGUGCGACGCCCAGGACGACUGCGGCGACGGCAGCGACGAGGAGAAUUGUCCCGUGGUGAUUCCCACCCGGGUGAUCACGGCCGCCAUGAUCGGCAGCCUGGUCUGCGGCCUGCUGCUGGUCAUCGCGCUGGGGUGCACCUGCAAACUCUACUCGCUGCGCAUGAUGGAACGCAGGUCGCUGGAGGCGCAGCUGUCCAGAGUGGAGGCGGAGCUACUGAGAAGGGCAGCCCCGCCCUCCUACGGCGAGUUGAUUGCGCAGGGAUUGAUUCCGCCCGUGGAUGACUUUCCUACCAACUCCGGGGGUCAGGCAUCCGUUCUGGAAAACCUGCGAGUGGCGGUACGUUCUCGGCUCGGCUUCGCCUCGCUACGCCUCCCUUCCGCCGGUCGCCGCGGCCACUCGUGGCGCAGCCUCUUCGACUUCUCCCGCUCAGGCCGCUCGGGGUCUUUGGCUCUGGUCUCCGCCGAGCCGGAGGACGGCGGCGGCGCGUCGAGUUCCGCUCGGGAGCCGCCGUCCCCGGACUCGGACGACGCGGAAAGCGAGAGGGAUGAGGAGCGGGGCGUCGGGGCGGUGGGCGGUCCCGUCAGGGCCCUGCCCCAGAAGACCCCGGCCGCCGGUUCGGCGCCGACCGCGGAACCCUCGGCGAACCCGCCGGCCGACCUGAGCCGGGUCCAAAACGGCGAAGCCGCGCCCGCCGCCGGACCGCUCGCGGUGGAAAGCGCGGAGCGUCGCGGCGACGCUUCCCGGCUCCCGACCCCGCCCGCCUCCGCUCUGCGCCGCCUGACCCAUAACCUGCACCGCUUGGCCAGGAACCUGAUGACGCCGGGUCUCGUCCGGCCCGACCGGACUCGGGACGCUCGCGGUCCUCUACGCCGGCCGGACGCGAGGGCGGAGCUUAGCGAGCGGCGAGGGAGCGGAGACGAAGAUGAAGACGUGGAACUUUUAAUCCCGGAUUUGGACUCGCCCCCGUCGUUCGGCGAUCUCCGCCGGCCGCUCCCGGACCCGCGGCCCUCGCACCCGCGGCGACACGGCGCGAGCGGCACGUGGGCCGGCCGGGACGGACUUUGCGAACGCUGCGGCAAAGUUCACACGGCUUGGGUUCCGGACACCUGCCUGGAGGUCGGAGGCAAGACGGAGGGCAGCGACGACGAGCUGCUUCAGCUAUGCUGACGAGCUACCGAGGGGCGGGCUGACCUACGAACGGGCUCAAGGUCCUACGGUGAGCGCGACCGCUUGCGUUCGACUCGCCGCGCUAACAUCGCUAGCGGCAGAGACGCCGACAAUGACAUCGCAGACCCGCAGACCCGGUUCUUUUGUCUCAGUACUUUUUCCGCAUUUGUUCCUCCGCCGGAAGCCGAUCCGCGCGACCCGAGAUAUUUCCGUCGUUCCCCGGGAACCCGAAUUGGCACGAGCCAGACGUUGGCGGCUCGGUGCCAAAUCGGAUCGAUGCUCUCGUCUCCCCAAAUGGUCAACGGGCGGGGCCUCUAACCGAGCCGAUGCGGUUUGGCGAGACGUGAGGCAAAUGUUGCCGUAGAAGAAGUUCCUUGAUGUCUUGGAAAGGAACCGCGUUCCCGAUUUUGGUACCCGGUCUUAUUUAUUGUUAGCGUGAUUCAAAUUGUCAUGUUGUUUGGCCCGCAUGAUCGGUUGAUGUUGGUUUUUUUUUCCCCUUCAAUUUUUAUUAAACUUUCUUGCCUAA